AUGGUCAACACAGGCAAGCCUUCGGGCGGCUGCAAGCUCUGUCGCGCCCGCAGGAUCAAGUGCGACGAGACCAAGCCCUUCUGCUUGAAGUGCCAGAAAUCCAAGCGCCAGUGUCCCGGCUACAGGGACCCCUUCGACGGCAAGAUACGCGAUGAGACUCAGUCAACCAUCCGGAAGUUCAAGCGAACGCGCAUUGUAAUCGAGAAAGAGCAGGUCUUGGAGGAUCAGGCCCUGCAGGAGGCAAUGAAAGACGAUGGGAGCGAUGAUAUCAAGGCGAACGCUGCGGAAUGGAAGUGCGGUUUCUUCGAGAGCAGGAGAGGCAGCGAGUCGGGCAACUCAUCCACGUCCAUGACCUCAAGCACGUCGAGCAAUUCCUGGGAAACGAUCCAUGAGGACUUCUUCGCUUCACUCGUCACCCCCGUUGAGCAGCAGGCGACCUGCUACCUGCUUUCGGACUAUGUGCUCGUCUCGGAGAUGCCUGGUGGGCGGAGGGGAUAUUACAAGUUCGCAUACAAAAUCCUAACCAAGGGCGACCCUUCGAGGUGUCUGUUGUCCGCAUUCAAAGCAGUUUCUUUCGUCGCCCUGGCCUCCCGUCCAAAUUCUCACCACCUCAUGAUCGAGGCCGAGUCUUACUACUCGAAAGCGCUGAGGGAGGUCAACAAGGCUAUACAGGACCCAGCCCAGGUCAAGAGUGACCAGACACUGGGAGCCGUGUUACUACUGGCAUUCUACGAGACUUUAGCAUCUACGCGUGAUGGGCUCGAUGAGUAUGUCAACCAUAUCAAAGGGGCUGCCCAACUCGUAAGGAUGAGGGGACCAAAGCAGCAGGAGACCGAUGAGGGCGCCGAGAUGUUCGCCAUGACCCGCAACCAGUUCCUCGCCAUCCGCAGCAUGUCGCCCGAACCCGAGCGAGAUGACUACUCCUGGCUGCUUCGUCAACACUGUGGCGAGCCAUACGUAAGCCGCGUCGCAACCCUCACCAUAGCGUGCAGCGAGAUUCGCAUGAAGACCGACAAGCUCCUGUCCGGCGGGCAUCGAGAUCCUCGCAAGAUCCAAGACGUACUGGAACUGCUGCGGACGGCGCAGGCAAUGCAAAAGAAGUUGUCGAGCCUCGACCAACCUCAGAGUGCAGUGUGGUCUGUGAGCACGGUGAUCCGAGACUCACUCAGGCAUCGCGAUGAGGGCGCGGAACCCCCAGGAGAGGUGUACACUUUCCACAACCUCUACACCGCCAUGAUUUACACCAUUAUCUGGUGCUCGCACAUCUUCCUCACGACCUGCAUAUUCCGCUGCAUGGCCUGGCUGGUGGCUCCCGACGACUGGAGGAGCGGCGAGGACUACGAAGCCGCCGUUAAAUCCACCAAGGAGCGCAUCGCGGACAUCGUGGCGGCCGUCCCCUACUGCUGUUCUUGGAACGGUUCCGAUACCGAGUACUCCGACUUCCCUGUCGGGCAGUCCACCCCGGCCUCCCCCGUAAAGGGCGUCGCAGGCUUGGUUAUCUUCAGGCCUGCCUUCACGGCUAUGGUCUCGGAUUAUGCUACCCCCGAGCAGAAGAAGUAUCUUUACGGGCGGAUGAAGUUCCUGGCCGACAUUGUUGGGAUCAAGCAGGCGAACAUCUUGCUCAAGACACGGGACGAGUCAGCGACUCCCUCACGCGACAUUGAGCGAGACAGGGUGCGGGCAUAG